AUGGCGCACGGGCAGGAGUCGUCGCCGACGCAGGCAGCCGGCGCCGGGGCCGCCACGCUGUGCGCGAACGGCUGCGGGUUCUAUGGGAGCGCCGCGACCGAGAACAUGUGCUCCAAGUGCUACCGCGACCACCUCAAGGCCACCGACACGGCUGCCCCCGGCCCCGCCGUCGAGGGGGAGACGAAGAUCAAGGCCGACGACGUGGCCAACCUCGCCUUCAACCUCAAGACGUCGCUUAGCCUGCAGGAUCACUCUGCAGCUGCCGCCGCCGAGGCGCCGACCGCCGAGGCACCAGCGGCCGAGGCGCCGGCGAAGAAGCCGACCAGGUGCAUGGCGUGCAAGAAGAAGGUGGGGCUGCUGGGGUUCGUGUGCCGGUGCGGCGGCACCUUCUGCUCGCUGCACCGCUACGUGGACGGGCAUGCGUGCAACUUCGACUACAAGAAGGUCGACCGUGAGAAGAUCGCGCAGCAGAACCCUCUCGUCGUGGCACCCAAGAUCCACAACAAGAUUUGA